UGAGCAUCACCAAACAACCAACAAAGAGCGCUCUGUCGGUCCUAAGAGAUAGACAGAGAAAGCGAUCGACUCAGCUACGACGUCUUACUGACCAGUAUGGGACAGAACCAGGACAAACUGGAAGGAGGAGAACAGGCCCUAGGUGAAGGAUCUGAGGAAACAAGUCCAAUCCCUGACUGUGGAGGUGCAGGCAGUCAGACAGGUGAUGUCAUGGAGGGAGGAAGCUCCUGUGAGGAGGAGGCUGGUAACACUGGGGAAAAUUCAGGGGAGCCAGACGCUCAGGAUCUGGACGAGAGCCCCGGCCAGGAGCCAACAACACCUUCUAGCGAGAAGCACAUAAAUUUGGGGGUGAGUCCUUUCGCUGCAAGGGAGGUGAGACAGGGAGGGGCUGCAGGAAAGGAGGGAGGAGGAGGAGGAGGUGGAGAAGGAGGCAGGACGGCUCCACUGGUUCCACAGGAGACGGACAAGAACCAAAAGAGCACUGCGAGGAUUGAGGAAAGAGCCAGAGCGUACAAGCUGUACAAUCAAAUCAGGAGAGAGGAGAAGAAGAAGACUGAGAGGGAGCGUCACACAUCCUCAAAGAUCAAGAUGGAGUAUCAGGACGAGGGAACCGCCCCACAUGAGGAGUGCCAAGAUGAAAACUUCUCAGCUGGAGUUUCAUAUGAAAAGUCUGGCCUUGCUACUGCCUCAGAGGAUGCAAACUCACUUGGAAACACAGAAAAGGACGCUGUGAUGAUGAAGAUGAGCAGAUGUGGAGCUCAUGCAGGAAGUGAGAUUUUAGCAUCUGUUCAACAAGAUCAAAAAGACAGCAUCAUGGCGGACGUUGCGGAUGAAGAUAUUGAACUCUGUGCAGGAACAGUGGGCCGCUUGAGUAAGAGGAAGGCACCGCCUACAGCUCAACCCCUACAUCCUUUGAAAAACAGUCUGCAGAAUGAGUCUCUAUCAGACAUGAGUGAUACCAUUCACUGUAGACUUCCAAAACAGAGAACAGAGAAUACCAUAAAUGAGGAAGCGCUAACAUGUGAGGCGAGGCCAGUUUCAAAUGACUCCAACUCUUCAAUAAAACCAAAGGUCACUGAUACUGAUGACCAAGGAGAGUCAGUGAGGCCUUAUCUACAAAUGGAUACAACUGAAACAACCACAAAUCAAAAGAAUGACUCGAAUUUGGCAUCAAAUCCAGCCCCACCCUCUGAACCCAGCUCUAUUUUGGAGAAGCUACUGAAGAGAAAUAGAAAGGAGACAACCCCAGCUCUCUCAGAUAUAAAAGAGGUUGACAUAACCAACAAGGACACCGUGGAUGUUACUGAAAAGAGGAUCAUUGACAGUGCAGAGAUAACCACUGAUAAAAAUUUCUUGGAGUGA